CUCUACAUCUACAGUCCGAUAUACAGUCCAAUUCGUAGCAAUUCUUAUAUCUACAACAAAUUUUCCAAAUAAAUUUUAAAUAUAAUUUUACUUUUUUAACAUUUAGUUAUUACGACAACGAUGUCAAACUGCGGACCGCGCCCCAAAAGACCCAUGAGUGCCUUUUUGAUGUGGAUGAGUUCCAACGGGCGCAAGCACAUAAAAGCGAAGCAUCCCGAGAUCAGUGUCCAGGACGUGUCUGUGAAGGGCGGUGAGAUGUGGAGGGCCAUGGUCGAUGAGGACAAGGUCGUGUGGCAGGAGGCGGCCAGGACGGCAAUGGACGAGUACAAGGAGAAGUUGGAGCAGUGGAAUACCCUCCAAGAGCAGUCGAAGGUCUGUCUUUCGCCGACGUAUGCCCAUAACUAUGAAGCUCAGUUGUCCUCUCGAUUCUCAAAAACUAACCAAAAGUCUACCCUUUUUGUGUAUGACUGCAAGGAUGAGACGAUGGCUCCGAUCUGCAGGAAGUGCUUCUCAAAGAUCAAGUGCUUUCACUAAACGUUUGUACCAUAUAUUACGUUUGCUAAAUUAUUGUUGUAGUCACAUCCACUAGCAAAAGUGGCGGAAUGUUCGAUAAACUUAAAUAUUUACAUUUAACUUGCUAACA